AUGUCUGACAUCACACUCUAUACUUUCCUGACGCCGAACGGCACCAAAGCUUCAAUUACCCUGGAAGAGCUCGGUUUACCUUACAAGGCUGAAACAGUCGAUAUUACAAAAAACACCCAGAAGAAGGACUGGUUCCUGAAAAUAAAUCCCAAUGGCCGUAUUCCUGCCAUGCUCGAUGGAUCGCAGCGCGUAUUUGAAAGUGGGUCUAUCAUGCUCUAUCUCGUCGACAAGUACGACACCGAGCGCAAGAUCAGUUACGCGCCCGGCACUCCAGAGCAUACCGAGCAGAUCUCCUGGUUAAUGUUCCAGAUGGGCGGCCUUGGACCUAUGCAGAGCCAAGCGAACGUAUUCAGCUUCUUUGCUCCCGUCCGCUCAGACUACGGCAUCGAGCGGUAUAUCGAUGAGACCAAGCGACUGUAUGGAGUCCUCGAAUCCCAGUUGAAGGAGAGCCCUUAUCUCGCCGGCAAUAAGUACACGAUUGCCGAUAUCGCGAACUUCACCUGGGUACGUGGCGGCACGCUCCUUCUCGAGUUUGAUCUGUCGGAAUUCCCGGCCCUGAAGAAAUGGCGAGAUGAGAUCCAGCAGCGGCCCGCGGUGCAGAAGGGCUUGACGAUUCCUGAGACUGGUCGCUCCGAGGAACAGCUCCACAACAUGCUGAAGGCAGGACGUGAGAGGAUUCUGGGUCUGAAGAACGAGGAUAAAAACUAG